AUGAGAUUGCGAGGCGUAGAGGAGGAGCCCUGGCAGAAGCUCUUUGACUUGAAGGGCAACUGGGCCUACUACAAUCGGUUGGCCUCCCACGAGGAACAGGUCUGGAAGGAUCGCAACUUCAAGAAGAACUUUUCGCACGGAUUAUACUUGGAGCAAGUGACGCUGCCUGGUGGCCAAGCUGCCGACGAGGUCUACCCAGGUGGUAAAGGUCGCGAUCUCUUUGCCAAGACACUUCACGACGACUCCAAGCUGCUCGCAGGGCUAGGUCUAAUGGAUUACUCGCUGAUGUUGCAUGUGGCAGAAUUCAAGGGCUACGCCGACAUCCAGCUCCUGAACUUGGAAAAGCCCUGGGCCUUUGCCACGCCGAAUACGGCAAGCAUGCAAAGGGGCGAUACCCUCUACGUGCUUAGUUUCGGCAUCAUUGACCUCCUUAUGCAUGAGAAGGAGAACCGAGGGCUGCUGAACAAGUUCAUGUCUGGAAUCACCUUCUCACAGUGCCAAGUCAGCGACAUCGAUCCGAUCCCCGCGAGAGACUACUGGAUACGAUUUAUCAGAAUGCUUGGCCUUCGACUCAGGUACGGUCCGCGCUGCACAAGCUGUUUGAAGGAGAAGAGACACAGAGGAUUCACCUACUUCCAGAACAAGUGGGCUUAUGAGAGGUCGAAGGAAUCCUGCAAGCCUGCGGCUUGA